AUGAGCGCAACCAACGUGAGGUACCUGAAAGGUAACUGUCUUUCACAAGCUAUAUCCUAUCCACGAAUUUUAAUUCACUCCUGCAAUUGCAAUGGCUCGUGGGGCGGUGGCAUAGCAUACCAGCUCGGUGUGAAGUAUCCCAAAGCUGAAAAGGACUACAAUGAAAUCUGUGAGAGAUUCGGCUCUCAACUUUUGGGAAAAUUCGUUCUGAUACCUAGUUACUCUGACUCGACAUUGUUGAUAGGUUGCCUCUUCACAGCAACGUUUGGGGGAUCAAACCAAGGGUCGGGGAGCGAUAUUCUGCACAACACUGAAUUGUCUCUAGAAGAUAUGAGAAUUCUGCUUCAGCAACCGGUCAAAAGAUCAACCAAUGACAUCGAUGUCUUCCUGUCUCAGUAUAUGGAAAAUGUCAAGGGCAAUUUGCGAUACCAGCUGGCCGAAUAUCAUCUCGAGAUGCCACAAAUCAAUAGCGGCAUAUUUGGCGUGCCAUGGCCGAAAACAGAGGCCUUGUUGAAGUUGCAGAAAUCGCUUUCAUUCGCGGUAUAUGUACUAUGA